ACUCUGCUGAGGGGACACAGGAUGUGAGCGCUAAGAGGAGUAUCUAACGGGACAUGCGGACGGGCCGAUUUAUUCUACUAUUUCAAGUGCUGUUCGUGUUGGUGUGAAGCCUCGCCAUGCCGCUGGUCAAGAGGAACAUCGAGCCCCGGCACCUCUGCCGGGGGGAGCUCCCCGAGGGCAUCGGCAGCGAGCUGGAGUGUGUGAUGAACAACACGCUCUCCGCCAUCAUCCGUCAGCUCAGCAGCCUGAGUAAACAUGCGGAGGAUAUAUUCGGCGAGCUGUUUAGCGAGGCCAACACCUUCUAUCUGCGCGCCAACUCUCUCCAGGACCGCAUUGACCGGCUGGCCGUUAAAGUCACACAGCUGGACUCCACUGUGGAAGAAGUUUCCCUACAAGACAUAAACAUGAGGAAAGCCUUCAAGAGCUCCACCACUCAGGACCAGCAGGUGGUGUCCACGAGCAGUGUGCCCAAUCCUGUCAAGGAGAUCUACAAACUGAGUGAUAAGCCUCCGCCACUCAACAUCCUCUCGUCUUACAGGGAUGACCACAAGGAAGCGCUGAAGUUCUACACCGACCCCUCCUACUUCUUCAACCUGUGGAAGGAAACCAUGCUGCAGGACACAGAGGAUAAAAGGAAAGAGAAGAGGAAGCAGAAGGAGCAGAAGCGGUGUGUGGAUGGAACGUUACAGAGGGAGGUGAAGAAGGUCCGAAAGGCGAGGAACCGUCGGCAGGAGUGGAACAUGAUGGCUCUGGAUAAAGAGCUGAGGCCGGACCACCGACACACCAUACACCGCGACAGAGGGGCUUCCUCCGAGGGCUCGAUGUCCCCAGAGAACAGGGGUCACGGUCCUGAUCAGCACCACUACCCCAACAUGAUGAACCACGCUGGCCACGCCCACACCUACUCCGGCCCACCGCCCAGCGUCCUGGCCGCCCAGAUGGCUGCAGCAGGCCACGCCCCCCGCGGAGGAGGCGAACACGACAUGAGAGGCAGGACCAUGAUGGCCUAUCAGGGCGGGACACUGGGGCGCUCUCACCACCACCACGUCCCGCUGCCUCCUCCACCCACUGAGGCCAUGAACGGUGGCUCUAUGUCCCUUCCCCCAAUGGACUACAGCAUGGAUGGCUAUGCCAACACUGGUCCCCCUCCUCCCCCCCCAGCCCCUCUCAUCCCUUCUGCCCAAACUGCAUUUGCCUCCCCUCCCGGAGGACCAAUGCCUCUCGGGCAAAUGGUCGGCGCUGGUGGCUUCGCUCUGCCUCCGCUGCCUUUAUGUGGAGCCCAGGCGGCUCCGCCUCCGCCUGGUCCUCCACCUCUUCCCCUCCCAGCCGGUGCUUCCCACAUAAACCGCAAGAUGUCUUCCUCUGCACCUGCUGAGGCCUCAGCGGUCAACGAUGCCCGCAGUGAUCUGCUGGCUGCUAUACGUAUGGGCAUCCAGUUGAAGAAGGUGCAGGAGCAGCAGGAGCAGCAGGCUAAGAGGGAGCCGGUUGGAAACGACGUGGCCACCAUCCUCUCACGACGCAUCGCGGUGGAGUACUCCGACUCUGAGGACGACUCGGAGUUGGAAGAGAACGAUUGGUCGGAUUAACAUACACACACACACACAAAAAGAAAAAUAGGAUAACUACUGAAGAUACACACACAUACACAGUCGAUCUCACACUCACUUGAAAGAAUGCCCACUCUACCACACUCACGGGCUGUCACACACACACACACACACAUGCCUACACACAAUCACAUGCUGUAGGUUGAUAUAAGCUGAAUGGUCCAAAACUGGAAAUGUGGGGGUGUAUUCAAGAUGCAUAAACACUGUAAAGACACUCGUAACAUACUGUAAUACUUACCACUCUUUGAAACAUUAACAUGUAGCUUGACAUAUAUAUAUAUAAUUCAAAGCAUUGUGGAUACACCCCAGUGGAUGUUUCUCUACCUGUUAUAACACUAUAGACACCAUGUGAAGGUGCUUAUUACAUGUAUAGUCGAAGCUUGAGAGUGUUAGAAGAAUUAGAAACUUUUCCCUCUUGAGCUAACCAACGUACUCGUCUUUUUUUAAAUGUUUUUACUGAAACACUUGCGUAUGCUGUAGAUCGUGAGGCAUGUUUGUUUUUUUUUUUAACAUGUCAAUAACUGGAAGUGAAGGAGUCGUUGAUGAUGGGUUCAUGCCUCUGAGGAUAUGUAAUAAGUCUUAUUGAUGAUAAACGGGAGAAUUGAUUGAGCCAUUGAUCACUGCUGUACGGGGGGGGGGGGGCAAGCUAGUGUGAGCUCUGUAACCUUUGACCCCAGAGAAAAAUAAAACGAUGAAUCGAA